UUAUAUUCUUUCGUUUCACGAAUAACGCACAUAUAUCGUUCAUAUAUCGUUCAUAUUCAUUUUAAACACCGUUCCCAUCGAUCCACAGCAGACGUAUAUCGAUCGAGAAACGUUCGAUUAAUGAACGAUAAUUUAUCUGAGAAAUAAUAGAUAGAAACUACGAAGAACAUUUAUGUUAUACCGUCGAAUGAUCGACGGAUAGAAGUUAAUCUAUGACAGAAAAUAAAAUGAAUUAGAACUUUAAAUUAUAAAUGUAAUCCCACAUAUCGAUCGAUAUCAUUAGUUUGCAUAUUUUUUAAACAUCCUUGACUCGAAUAUACCAUUUCCAUUCAUCUUUUUUUUUCUCAAUUUAUAUUUAAAAGUAUAUAACAAUCAAAAAAAGAAAAACUACUCUGUUUAUCCUCGACGAUCAUGCAUCGAUUUUUCAGUAAAGAACAAACUUAAGAAAUGAUACUAUCUUUGUAAUACGUUCGUCGAGAAACGAACGAAACAACUUAAGAUUUUUUAACCACGUAAACUUUGACUUCGUGGGAUAGCACCGAGCGCGAAAUAUCGAUUGUCAAGUUUAUUACAACAGAUAUGGCGAGCGAGACGUUUUGUUACAAGUCAUGCGAAACCAUUUUUUUUCUCAUAUUCGUAUCUCAUAAAACGAUCCGCCGCGUAUGUUAUUGGGCUUUAAUAACUAUGGAGAAUACAAAAAAAAGAAUAAAAAAAGGGAAAAGGCGCCAUCGAUAACUGGAAAAGUACGGAACAUCGAUAAUGCAACGACCGUACCUGUGGUCCUAGAUCGUGAAGCGAGUUAUACACAUACAUAUAUAUAUGUAUAUAUGUAUGUAUGUAUAUAUGUAGAGUUUCUGGGCUUAUAGACGACACAGGAGGGAAUGACCGCGCUCCAUGAUUUUAUCGGCCGUUCUUUCUCUCUCUCUCUCUCUCUCUUUCUUGUUCACGAUCGUACAUCGAGGCUAUGAACUACAACUUAGUUGUUACUUUAAUUAACGAUUCAUGAUAAUUAACAUUGAUCGAUAUCUCUUAUGUAAGUACUCGCAAACAUUGUUUAUUCAGUGAAAUGAAUAUUUAUUUGAAUUUUUCCAAGUGAAGCUCGAGACACAAUCGGAAUUUCGUUCUAGGAAAUUGAUAAUUUAGAAGAUCGAUUUUUCUUUUUUAUUCAACGCAAAAUUAACGAAGUGUGGUCUGUCAAUAGCGUCACGUCAUAUUGAAAUAUUUACGAUUCGUUCGACUUCUCCGAAUAAUAUCACUGAAAAAAAUUAAAUCAUCGACCAAUAGUUAAACUACAAUUUUUCUUGCGAAGCGAGUAAAAAAGCACCCUCGUAAUCGCAAAACUUUAUCAUCGUGAUCGCUCUUUUCAUUUCACGCGACACGCAAUUCGUAUUUUUUUCUUCAAGGGCAGAAAAACUUAGAUAUUCUGAUAGAAGGAAAAAAAAAUUUAAGUAUUUCUUUUAAAUAAUUUUUUUUCUUUUAGUUUCAACGAGGAAUGUACAAAUAAAUAGAAUGAAUUUAUUCGAGUCUUUACGAACGUUACUUCCAAAAUUUUUCAUUAUCUUCAGAUUUUAUUUUAACGAUUAUAUUUUAAUUGAAUUAAGAUAGAACACGCUUCACCUUGAAAUGUCGUGAAAGCCGAGGAACAGAUCUAGAGAUCGCGUUUAGGUCAGUCGCGAAGAAAACGUAUGAGAACUCACACGAAUUAAUCCUUAGCUUUUACGCGUAUUUACGCAUAUACACAUAUACAUAUAUGUAUACAUACAUACAUACAUUCAUCCCUCUCAGGCAUGCGCAACGUUAACGGCUGGUCAGCGUUAUUGAGUGGCCGCCGAGCGUUAAAAGCAUACAUAGCAAUACAUAUAGUAUAUAUGUAUAUGAACCCCCCACUAUUCGCAAUCUAUAUCGUUCGAUUCUAAGGACAUUGUCCAGUCUCUGAACUCUCACGAACGAUUUCAAGCCGGUCAGUACCGGCGCGAACCUUGACUGAGAUACUUUUAUUCUUUUCCUCUCGGUGAAUAUUUGUGUCUUCUUGUUCUUCAAAAAAUAUUAGAGAUUUUUUCAUGGAAAAGAAAAGAAAACUAACGAAACUAGAGAAAGUACUAUCGUAGCCGAUAUAUUUGAAUUAUAGACGAGGUUGAUACAGCGUAGGAAGUCGAGCUUAUACGAUAGACUUCUAUAUUGAGUCUUCUUUCGUUUGAGACCUUUGCUUUUCUUGUAGAAAGAAAGAGAGAGAGAGAGAGAGAGAGAGAGAGGAAGAGAAUAUAAAGAUAAACCAAUGAGUAAUAAAAAUAAAGAUCAUUUCGAAGAUCGUGGAAUUCCUGCAAAGUCUCGAAGGGAGAGAACAUCGAUUUUCUAAUUUAAAGGCCACCGAAAGGACAAUGCGUCCUUCACACGUCAAGACACGAAGAUGAAGAACACGAAUUAAUGAUCUCUUCGCCAUGCCAACUGGAAUUUCAUCGAUGUUGGCGCCAACCGCGAACGUUGGAUCGUUUGAUCAUGAGGGAAAAAAUUCGGGAGCUUUCACGAUCCUUCAGAGAGACGGUUUAGACUCGAGCUUACCUCUUUUACAUGUCAACGACGACGAAGAGACGUAUUCAGCUUCGAAGCUGACUAGAGUGAAGAACGCAAAGAACGAUCUGUAUGCUCGCAGACGACUCUGUAAGUCAAACGAGCAUUUGCUUCUGGCGAGUCUCCAAUGUAAUCAGAUUAAUCCGUUACGGAAGAAACAGUAUACGAAGAGUCAGAACGAUCUUGAGGACGAAGAGAAACGAAGGAAGAGGGAGAACGAAGUGGAGAAUGUAGAGAACGAAGAAAAGAAAGGACAAAGAACUAGUAUUCCUCUUUCAACGGAAGAUUUCAACGAGGUACUCAACGCGAAAUUGAGGAAGAUCCAAGAGGACGAGGAAUCUAUGCAAAAGUGUCGAGACUCGAGAAGGAACGAGUCGAUUUCUCAGCAACGAAGAAAACCGUUCAUCACGACGGUCAAGUGCGGAGAGUUUCUAAUGCCACCACCGGAAGUAGCAGCCCUUCUUGGCAUUGGUCCGAUCACGAACACUCAGGAUACUGUAGGAAGAACAAUAGGAGGUAUUCCUCAGGGUGAGGUAACUGAUAAUUGGCAAGGUCCUUCCCGUUCCAAACUGAGACCUCUGGUGUCAUUCGGCAAGAAACCAGAAGUACGUCACAGCAAACAUAAGGCGAGAUGUCAAGCGGCAGCCCUCAAGGCCACCGUAGAUUUCGCACUUGACAAGACCAACGCGACUACCCUAGCCUCUUAUUCUUGCUCUGAGGAACAUACUAGGAGAAACAGGAGGUCUCCGAUCAGAGUGGACGGGCUAUUACCAACGACGCCGCGAGGUUUACCGAAAAAGUUGGAACCGAUCAAGGGCGCGAUGCUGAAUAAGCUGCCUGGCCUUCGCGGCUGUGAUCAUACGAUUCCUUUUGGGAAUAUUAUGUACGAUCGUCGAGUAAUUCGUGGAAGCACCUUUGCAGCCCCUCCUGCCCUCAUCGAUGGAGAACAAUCGAUAGCGGCAAGGCAAGCGGAAGCAAGAAGGAGGCAUCUAGCAAGAAAAAAGGCGCAAGCUCAAAUUUGCAGAGCUAUAAGAUCGGGAUCGCCACCACCAGUCGCUGGUCGCAAACACGAACCGGUCCAAACUGAAUUUUAUCUCGAAGAAUUGUUUGAAAAACCGGACGAAUUCGAGGUCAGCACACAAACCGAUUACUUUUUGGACAGACCAGCUACGCCCAAGUACUGCCCUGCAAAAACCGGCGAGGAUGUCUCUACACAAAUCGAACCAGGAGACCUCUUCGACUUCGAUCUCGAAGUACAACCUAUUCUUGAAGUAAUCGUUGGUAAGACUAUUGAACAAGCUUUGAUCGAGGUCUUAGAGGAGGAAGAAAUUGCGGCUCUGCGAGAACAACAAAGAAGAUUCCGAGAAUUGCGAGCAGCUGAAAGAGCCGAAGCAAAGAGAUUGAAAGAACAAGAGAGAAGACUUCGAGAAGAGAAAGAUUUCUGCUUGAGGCAGCACGAACAAGCAGUGAAGAUUCAACAAGAAACAGAAGAUCGUGUCGCCGUUGCUGUCCUACUUACGGGAUAUAUAGCCGAACUUUUGCCAGCUGUUCUAGAAGGUUUGAAGAUGUCUGGAUUCCUUCUGGACGAGAUCAAAGCAGAUGUCGAAGAAGGUUUCAUGCCAUGGUUGAUGAAAGAAGUUAAAAAGGAGAUGGGUAACAUGAUCGAAAGCAGAGAGUUGCUAAUGGAUAUCAUCAAAGAAAUAUUGGAGAACAGAGCUGAAACGUACAGAAAAUUAGGUGAGGAGUACGACGCUUCCAGAAGACGAAUACCCGAUGAUCAUAUAGAAGAUGGUGGUCGAGAUAUAGAUUUUCUUAAUUACGAACCGCCUUUCUUGUAGAAGAACGAUCAUAUUUAACGCGAUAAAUCGUCGAUUGUUACCGCGUUGUUUUUAUUGAAUUAUAAUCAAAACCAACGAAGCAUAUAAUUAUAUGAACAAAAAUGAAGAUCUGUUCUUUAUUGAUCAAAACUAUCGAAGAUUAUAGUUAAAGUAUAUGAAUGAUACAGAUAGAAUUUCUAUUGUGAAAUGAGUUGUGUGCUCUGAUUAAAUACUCAAAAGGGUUUGGUCUUGAUAUACUUAUUUCACUCAAUUGUACACUUCGUUCGAGGUAUCUUAAUUUUGGAUUUAGAAACACUCAGUAGUACUGAGUCUAUCUCUUGCCCUUCAUAUAAGAAUAUAGCUUCUUUCAUUAAGCAGUGUAUAUAGCUUUACGACAAAUCCAUCUCCGUUUCCAUUUUCUGAUAGGAUAUCAUCAAAAAAUAGAAAACAAUGACAGCCACUAAUACGAAAAACUAGAUCGUUUUUUCAAAAAUUAACUAUUUAUUCUUCUUCUCUUUUGUCUCAUCGAUCAUUUGUUAAAGAUAUUGUAUCUAUAUACGAACAAAUUAUUGAUUAUAACAAUGGCUAUAGUAUAAAAGGGUUGUAAACAUGUUAAUUGUUUGGAUAAGCUCCAUGUUGAGAUAUGAAAAUAACGAUAUUGUAGGCAAAAAACGAGUAACCAUGAUUUAACAACCAUAAUUUGGCAUAUUUCGUUAUUCACUUAUAUCUUUAACAGAAGUCGAAUUAUUUAUACCUAUUUAAAAUGGUUUUGUUAAUUCUACAUAUCUUAACAAUUUGGUAUAAAUUCAAAUGGAGAUUAUCGAUUUGUAUAUAAUUUAUCGCAAUAAUUAUAAAACCGCAUUUAAUGAAGUUUCUAGGAAAAGUAGCAUUGAAGUAGAAAAUGUUGAAGGAAACAUAUCAUUGGUUGCUUACAACAGGAUCGAUGACUCCAGUGACAAUAAAUUCGUCUACUCGACGAUAUGCGUAGGCUGUAGAUAUUCGCUUAAUCAGUACAAGGUCAGCGUGUUGAAUUUACUAAAAUCGUCCACAAAAUGAAAUACUGUUAACUAUUUUUAGAUAAGAGUAAUACUUCCUGUGGAUAAUUCAUAUCUCCAAUCGAUUAGUAAAUCACUGUCACCGAUCUCGAAUUGUUCUCGAUCAAAGAGGAAACAAAAAUUUAUUAAAUUGAUUAUAAUAAGAUAAGGUUUUACGAUAAAUCGAUAUCAGCAUGGUUUUAAUAAACCAUCAUUCAAAAUAUUGCAUGGAUCCUUCAGCAGUUUUUCGAUCUUUCGGAAAGUGAAUAUUAUUAUAUCGUUAUCUGCAUUCUACUCUUUCUUUUUUUCUUUUCGAUAAUCAAAUGUAAUUUUCAAGAAAAUUUUCUCGCUCAAAGCGUUUUGCAUCUUAUUAUCAUUCAUUUUCAGUCUUGCUUUACUUGAAGAGACAAGACUGUUUCAAGAGACAGUCUCUAAGAAUUAUUUUCAAAACGAAAAGUGAUGUAUGUGUCCAUGGUUAUUCUCUUUUAUAAAUUAACUUUACAAAUUAUAGCUCAUUAAUAAUUAAGUCAUCAAUAGCUCUUCAUAAUUAAGUAAUAUUUCACGAGAGUGGAAUUUCGAAUCGUGUGUCUCUCUUGUUAUGUUAUGUGAUACUCGUUUUUGCGAAAUAAUGGCCAUAUGUAAACACGAAGUAAAACUUUAUUUUUUAAUUACGAAAGAAUUAAAUUAAAUAAUUUAAAAAUAGCUUAACGCUUAACUAACAAAAUAUUUUCAAAAAAUAUUUCAUAAAAACGUAUUUUAAAAUUUCUGCCAAGUGUAGGUACAUAUGUCAUAUGUGGUGGAAAUUAAAUCAUUUAACAUAUUAUAUUACAACUAAUCUAUUUUUGUUUGUUAUUCAUAAAAGAAAUUGGCUUGUACAAACUUCGGAGAUCAAGAAAAUAGGAUUAAUUAAGAAACAAUCGACGUAUCUUGUGAACGAAUGAUUAAAAAAUUCAUUAUUAACGAGAGAAGUCAUAUAUAGGUAUGUAUAUAUGUAUAUAUGUAUGUAUACAGGAUAACUUUCUGAAAUUGAGACAACACAUUUUUUAAAAGAAACUUUUAAAACAAAAGUUCGUAUUUGGAGGGUAAAUGUAUAAAAAUUAUUUUUUUUAUUCGUUAAAUGUUUCCAAAGUAAUUUUAACAUCAAUCUUAUCUUUCAACAUUAUUCGAAAAAUACAUGCUUGUGAUUUUAGCGAUAGUUACAGAAAAGUUAAACUAAAAGUAUACGUAAAUCUACGCACUAAUAGCAUUAUAUGACAAUGAAAAGGAUGGAUCACCGUUUUUAUGCAAUUUAUCUUUCUUUGUCUUUUUGUUUUGUCGAUCUCCGAUAGUCUCCAACUGCAUUCUCGCUCUUCUUAAUUACUUAGGAGCCUAUUAGCCUUUUUUUCAAACAAACAAUAUUUGCAUGCACACAUACAAUUUUAUUAAAUAUAUCAAUAAAAGUAUAUAUGGCAUAUGUAUAUAUGUAUUAUGUAUUUAAUUUCAAAAUAGAUAUAAUAAUAUAUUUGUUAAAUAAUAAAUUAAUCUAUCUAUAUUUCUAUCAAGAUAUAAGAAAUUAAUAAUAUGAAAAAACAGUUAAAAUCAUCAUAGAGCACUAUAAAUUUUGAUUAAAUUUAAAUGCAGCCAUUAGCCCGACAGUACUUGCGUUAUUUACAUUCAUAAUAUAUCGCAAGUAAUAUCGAUUUCCAGGUCUCACCACUUGGAGGUUGCUGCAUACGGAGACCCGCGGGCUAUGACUCUACUACUAAUGCCAAAUAUCUAAAAAUCAAUUAUAUAGAAUAUUUUAAAAUCAAUUAUAUAGGAUUAUAUAUUGCAUAACAAUUAUUAUAAUUUGGAAAAAACAAAAUCAAUCGCGAAACGAAUCUAAAUUUUUAUCUAAUCAAUUAAGAUUAGACAAAAAUUUAUGAAUUCGUUUGAUAUCGACCUACCUACCCGAUAAACGCGAGGAAAUAUGAUGAAACUAAAAAUAAAACACAUUAGUGAUUACUAUGCACAUAGCCUAUAGACAUUAUAUAAAGAUUAUUUAAGUAUUUUAUUAUUUGAUAAUAAGAAUACAUAAUACUAUUAUACAAUAAAUCAGUCUCCUGUAAACAAUAAACAUAAAACAUUAAAAUGUUUUGACAAUUAAACAAGAAGUUCUAAAAAUAAUACGUGAGAUUUAUGUAAUAAAUCAGCAGUCACCUAUAAACAUAAAACAUUAAAUAAUUUAAAACAUUUCAUAAUUAGAGAAGAGGCAAUCGAAAUAAUGUGCGAACUCCAUAUAAUAAAUCAGCAGUCAUCUGUGAACAUAAAGUUCAUAACCAAUUUUAUAAACAGACGAAAGUAAUCCAAAUAUGCGAACUCCAUAUAAUAAAUCAGCAGUCAUCUGUGAACAUAAAGUUCAUAACCAAUUUUAUAAACAGACGAAAGUAAUCCAAAUAAUAUGCAAACUUCAUAUGAUGAAUCAGCAGUCAUCUGUGAACAUAAAACGUCAAAAACAUUUCAUAAUUAGAAAAAAAACAGAUAUAAGAACUUUAUAAUUUUAUUACUAUCUGAAAAUAAAACAUAUAUUGCAAUGAGAAUUAUUUUACAUGCACACACACACACACACAUGGAAAAAACAAGCAACAGAAACAGAAUAAACCAACGAAGAGUCGAAUCCAAUCUUGUUAAUUUAGAUGAUAUUCUCUGAAACAGAAAUCAAAUCGAUUAAAAAAUUUUUGACUAUUUCAAAUGAAUAAAAAAAAAAUAAUUGCAAACAAUUCAUUCUCCAUUGUUUUUGGCUUUUCAUAAUCCCAAUUCUUCAUUCUAGUUUUCAAUAAUUAAUCCACAUUAUUAAUUUGCUAGGAGUUUUUCUUGAUUAGAGGAUCUGAGAAACCUGAAACACAAAUCUAUUUUAUAUAAUCUAUUCAUAAUCAAUUCAUUUUUAUGUCAUAUACUAUGAUUAUAUGACAAAUCUUGAAAUUUCAAUGGUGUUGUUAAUGCCCACUGAUAUAUAAAGGAAUAUUUUGCAAGAUUUAAUCUUGAAAGGUGAAAAUGACACUUCUCUGUAACAGAAAAAUAUAUAAAAGAGCAUGUGUGGAAAGACAAAAUUAUAUCUACAAUCUAUGGGCAAAUAUUUUCAUAAUUUUGAUAAUUUAAUAAAUAAAAAAUUUUAUACAUAUAUAUUUCGCCAUAGAUUGUAAUGCUGAAAUAAAAAAAAAAAAAGUAUUAAAAUGGCCAUAAAAUUGGCACUGAAUAUAUCGAAUUCUCGAUGCAUUAGAAAACCUGUUUUACAUUUAAAUAAAAAUAUGAAGUAGAUUUUAUGUACAAAUAUAAAUAAAUAUAUAUAUAUAUAUAAUACAUAGAAAUAUGUGAAGAUUAUAAAAAGUAACAAUUGCAUAAUAAAUUAUCAAUUGUUUAAUACAAUUACAAAAAUAUGUUGUAAAGUAUUCAAGAUACGUUAUAAAAAAAAGGAAAACAAAUUGUGAAUAUUUCACAAUAUUUAAGAAUUAAGCCACGUUAAAAAAAAAGAAAAAAAAAAAGAGAAAAAAGAAAAA